UAAUAACCACAAUAUCAAUUCAAUUAAAAAAAAUAUUAGUUUUUCAUUUUGCAAUUUUAUUACCGAAUAAAAAUAAGAUAUUUAAGAAAAAAGAAUUACUGGUUAAAUGAAAAUAAUAAAAUUAAAACCGCAUAAAAACCGUUAUAGAGAGAGAAAGAGAAUUUGUAAAGUAAAAAAAAUUCAAAAAUCUUGAAAGCAGCCCGCCAUUUCCAAAAAAAGAAACGCAAGAACAGAGUGAGAAUGUUGUCUCCGUCUCGAGAAGAACGAACUGUAGCUUCAGCUCUACUCCUUCUCUCUAAAACCAUUCCUCAUCAGUCUCCAAUGUCAAUCAAACAGAGAAUAAGCAGCAGCUGCAGCAAAAGCGAAGAGGAGAGCUUCAGCUCAAAGUCUCACUCCGUUUCCUCUUCCACGCUUACUAGCCUUCACGGAUCCUCGAGUCGAGGGAAUCGUCCAUCGCACAAGCUCAGGAUUGUCGCUGUUGUUUCUCGUUCCCAUGAUACCAAGUUUAAGGUGGUGAGGAAGAAGCGCUCAAAGGUAAGCUGGACCUCCUACGAUGAUCCUCGUAAAAUUGUACUUGCUCUGCCUGCAGCAGCAUCGUUUAAAUCAGAUUCGUCAACAGAGGAGGUUUCUUGCAUAACAUCAACCAUAUCCAGCGCGGCUUCAAGCGAGCGAAGCCGGUUUUUAUUGAAAACUCGGAAUAAUAAGCCAAAGAGGAGGAGCUCUGGAAUGAGCCGCAAAGCCGAAGCAAUUUUGAAAAUGCUGUCUUCUCGCGGUAGUUCUUCUGAAAUCAAAAUUCGUCAAGCUCUUGGUGAUAGUCCUGACACCAGCAAAGCUCUCAGAAUGUUGUUAAAGCAGGAAGAGGUUACAAGAUCAGGGACUGGAGGACGCGUUGAUCCUUAUAUUUACAAGAUAGCAUGAGAAAUUAGGGAGAUUGACCCAACUAGCAAUAGGAAAAUAAUGGGUUUAAAGACUUCUAAUCAUCCCACUUGUUACAAGGAAAUUUGGGUAUGCUGAUAUUAUAUAUAUAUGUAAAUGUUGUAGAUAGUAUUAUGUCAAGUAAAUAGAUAUGGAAUUAUCCGGGCACCAUAACAUAAACCUGCAAAAGUCCUGUUGCCACUAGUUAUGUUUCUUACAUGGUAUUACUUACAAGUCACAAGAUGUAAUUAAAGAGAAGGAACUGAUAUGUG